UUAAAUAAGAAUUGCACGCUGGACCAUACAAAGACAGCUUAGUUAUUUUAACUAAAUUUUAGUCCAUAAAAACAUAACAAUAAAUAAAAGUUCCAAACCCACCAUGUCACUAUCCAACUGUGAUCCAAGUGUUUAUGAGAAUACAAGGAAAACUGUAUAUAUUAUUAUUUUACAGUAUUAAAGUUGGUAUAUGUUGUCAGAACAGUAAUGAUAUGAACUGUGCGCUAAACAUGAAUAAAAAAACAAAUAUUUCAUUAAAUAUAUCUAGUAAUUUUUUCACUUUAAAACAAUAAGUUGACAUUUGUGUAAAUACUAAUGGCCACAUGAUAAUGAUCACAUCAAUAAAAUUAAAUAUAAAAACAAAGAAAAUGUUAAUUUAAUAUUUAAAUAAAAGUAUUUUUAAUAAAUAAAAGUCCACACCUUUUCAGCCUCAGUUACGUCACAACAUCCUAUACAUGCGUCACAAUGGCAGCGAUUCGUUAAAUAGAAUAUUUGCAUCACUGCAAUAAUGUGCAGUGUGCGCGCUCUCCGUCAUUGCCUUGUGAAGCGCACGCCACUGAUUCUGCGGUAAAGAUGGCGGCGGCGGAGGGGGCUCGCAGCGGCUGGAGCAGAACUGAACGACCCCAGGCGGGUCCGCUCUAAGAGAAACAGUCGGGGGGGCCAGAGGAUCGUACAUUGCCGUUUAACGUAGCCGCUUAUCCGGUGCUGUUUAGUAGAACUGAACGUUUUGACUGUGUGCUGUACGCUGUUAGGUGGUGGGUGGGUUCACAUACACAUACAAACACACAUCGAUUGCUAAGCUAAGCUAAGGGAGCUCGGUCCGGUCCGGUAGAGGAGGGUGAGUGAGAGCAGGAGGAGCAGGAGGAGGAGGAGAGGUGAUCUGAUCAAGAGGAGGAAGACUACCAUCCUGUGCAGAACAGCCGGUGUGGUUGGGGGAUGUGAGCGAUCCAAACGGACGGCGGGUCUUUCCACGGAUCUGUGUUGUUUUCCCACCCAGAACACUCGCAGGAUGGGACAACAGGUAGGCCGCGUGGGAGAAGGGGCUUCCGCGGGGCUUCAGACCCCACCGCAGGGACAACAGCAGCUUCAGCAGUGCAGAGCGAAUCGGUCCAGCAGUUCCGGGAGGAGACCCCGAGACGGCAGUAACAUCACCGGGACGCCACCGGGCAGGACUGCUGCAUCCGCCGCCGCUGCGGCAGCAGUCACUGCUGCUGCCGCUAACACCAUGCCAGAUCCAGGAGUCAAUAUCUUCACCCAACACUCAGAGGCCCUGCACAGGCCAUUCGGACUGGACUCGUCUGCACUGACGGAAGCGGUGCGCUGGAGCUCAAAGGAGAAUCUGCUGGGUGCAGCGGAGAGUGACCCAAACCUCUUUGUUGCACUUUACGACUUUGUUGCCAGUGGCGACAACACGCUGAGCAUUACGAAAGGAGAAAAGCUGCGAGUGCUGGGCUACAACCAGAAUGGAGAGUGGAGUGAAGUGCGUUCAAAGAACGGUCAGGGUUGGGUACCCAGUAACUACAUCACCCCUGUGAACAGUUUAGAAAAGCACAGCUGGUAUCAUGGGCCUGUGUCUCGCAGCGCCGCAGAGUACCUGCUCAGUAGCCUGAUCAAUGGCAGCUUUUUGGUUAGGGAGAGUGAGAGCAGCCCUGGCCAGCUCUCCAUUUCAUUGCGCUAUGAGGGACGGGUCUAUCACUACCGGAUCAAUACCGCCUCUGACGGAAGGGUCUAUGUAACGGCCGAGAGUCGUUUUAGCACGUUAGCUGAGCUGGUUCAUCAUCAUUCUACAGUGGCAGAUGGUCUCGUAACCACACUACAUUACCCCGCCCCAAAAUGCAACAAGCCCACAGUCUACGGCGUCUCACCCAUCCACGACAAGUGGGAGAUGGAACGCACCGACAUCACCAUGAAGCACAAGCUUGGAGGAGGCCAGUAUGGAGAGGUGUACGUCGGAGUUUGGAAGAAGUACAACCUCACCGUUGCUGUCAAAACACUAAAGGAAGACACUAUGGAGGUCGAGGAGUUUCUGAAGGAGGCUGCAGUCAUGAAGGAGGUGAAACAUCCCAAUCUAGUACAGUUACUUGGUGUUUGUACGUUGGAGCCUCCAUUCUACAUAGUGACUGAGUACAUGCCACACGGUAACCUGCUGGACUACCUGCGUGAGUGUGAUAGGGAGCAGGUGAAUGCUGUGGUGCUGCUCUACAUGGCCACUCAGAUCUCAUCCGCCAUGGAGUAUCUAGAGAAGAAGAACUUCAUUCACAGGGACUUGGCUGCUCGUAACUGCCUGGUUGCGGAGAAUCACGUAGUGAAGGUGGCUGACUUCGGACUGAGCCGUCUGAUGACCGGAGACACCUACACUGCUCAUGCAGGAGCUAAAUUCCCCAUCAAAUGGACGGCACCAGAAAGUCUGGCCUACAACACCUUCUCCAUCAAAUCAGAUGUUUGGGCAUUUGGAGUGUUACUUUGGGAGAUUGCGACAUACGGCAUGUCUCCAUACCCAGGGAUUGACCUCUCUCAAGUGUACGACCUGCUGGAGAAGGGCUACCGCAUGGAGCAGCCUGAGGGCUGUCCACCUAAAGUCUAUGAGCUCAUGAGAGCCUGCUGGCAAUGGAGUCCACUGGACAGACCUUCAUUUGCUGAGAUUCACCAAGCCUUUGAGACCAUGUUCCAUGACUCAAGCAUCUCAGAAGAGGUGGCAGAAGAGUUGUGUAAAACCGCGUCUGGUGGACAUGCGCACACCUUCGGUCAUGAUAUGCCACUCUUGCCUUCAAAAUCUCGUGCGCAGAAGAAACACUCUGAGAACAAAGAGAAUAUGGAAGAGGCAGGACUCCACGGCCCUGCAGGUUUUGCAGCCUCACUUUUUUCUGGUGAUGGGCGCUCCAGCAGCUCUCCUGCCUUACCACGCAAACAGAGGGAUAAAUCUCCCUCUAGCCUCCUCGAGGACUCCCUGGACACCACCUUCAACCGUGACCGUAAGACUGGCUUCUUCAGUUCUUUCAUAAAGAAAAAAUCCUCUUCUUCCACUUCUUCACCUCAACAGCAACAAAAUCUCCCUAUGCCUCCCAAGAGGAGCAGUUCUUUCAGAGAGAUGGAGACCCAGCCUCAUAAAAAGUAUGAGCCCACAGCAGGGUUUGGGGGCCCUCCUCCUCCUUUGCCCCAGACUGAUGGGUUGAGUUUCUCUCCAUCUCAUGGAGAAGGCAACCAUGUGCAGUCCCGCUGCUGUGGGGCCACAUUUGGGCAAAAGCCCUCAAACUCUGGAGGAACCUCAAGUCAGGUAGGAGGAAGCAGUAGCUGGGGAAGCCUAGCAGGCUUCUUCACUCCUCGCCUUAUCAAAAAAACCCUGGGAUUGCGGACGGGUAAGCCUUCUGGGAUAGAUGAAGGGGGUGGAACCAAGCCUUUUCCACGUUCCAAUUCAACUUCCUCUAUGUCUGCUGGGUUGCCAGACUUGGAGCGAAUGGCGCUGACGUUACCAAGAAACCGUAGCAAACCCCCACUAGAGCGUACAGCUUCCACCACUUCACAGCCCGAGAAUGGGGCAGCACAACCUUCGGAUGCAAUCCUGAGGAAGUUUGAUGAAGGUACAGCUCAGAUACGGGAUCGUCCCAAAGCCAAGCUCUUGCCACGAGGGGUGGCAAGUGGGGGAACUGGAGUGAGGGCUCCAGGGGUUGGGGGAGAGGCUGAUUCAGACUCCAACCCACGGGUAAAAGACGGGCACGAAGACAGGCAAGGCUGGUCGUCUCCAUCAAAAACCUCCACUCUUGGCUCGGUCAAUCUGCACAAUCACAAAGUUCCAGUGCUGAUCUCCCCUACCCUAAAGCACAGCUCAGCCGAUGCACACCUAGUCGGCGUGGACUCUCAGGGCAACCGAUUCAAACUACUGUCUGACAGCGAUCGUGACCGGCCGCGACUUGUGAAGCCCAAAUGUGCACCCCCUCCCCCACCCAUGCUCCGCUCCCUCCAACACGCCUACAGUGCCGAUGCAGCUGACGAAGCAGUCAGUGGCAAUGUAGAGGUCAAUGGAGAUGGGGUCAAAAAAUCAGGGAGAGAAACAAGAGGGGUGCGUCCAUCAAUACCACCACCACAAGUGCCUCCAGCCCCCAUAGUCCCCACUAGUAACACCACCACCCAGACUAAGAUGGCCAACGGUGCUUCCACUGGACCUGGCCCCAGUUCCACAAAACCUAACUUUAGACGGACUCGACAGCAGGCAGAACGGAUUCCCCUGGAGAAGAUUAGCAAGGAAGCUCUUUUGAAAUGUGCUGAAUGUUUGAGUAGUGCCCUUCAAGGCAGCACUGAGCUCUCAUUCAGCAGCCAGGUCUUGGAUGUGGGACAUCAGCUUUUGGACUAUUGCUCUGGAUAUGUUGAUUGCAUCCCACAGACACGUAAUAAGUUUGCUUUUCGCGAGGCAGUGGGGAAACUUGAGUUGAGUCUACAGGAGCUUCGUGCAUCCUCUAUAGGUGGUGGAGGGGGACUAGGGGGACCUGGGACCAGCCCUGCCCUUGAUAACUUGCACACCUGCAUUAAAGAGAUCAGUGAUGUGGUGCAAAGGUAGCCACUGGGUCAGCCUGUAAUUACACCCUCAAACAACUCCACCACUUGAGACUUUACUUCCGCCAAAUCAAUCUAGUUUUAUUGAAUUGUUGGGGGACAGAAUAUUCUUUCAGAAUUACCUCAGAAAAUUACUACAAAUACACACCCUCUCUUUUUAUUGUUUACAGGUGACUUUCUUCUUGAAAUUGCCAGUUGGGAACAGAGUUCUGUACUUUUGUAUAUAAGCUUUUUGACAUUACCAAUACACGGUUUCUAUUUUGGCCAAUUUACUUUGUAAUUUUUACAGUUUUUAUCUUGGCAUGACAAAACUAAUUUCCACAAAUAGACUGCACAGGUUAAGGUGAGCAUAGGUUUAACUGACUACAGACUAGCUGUUCAAGUUUUCAGAGAAAACAUUUAAAGAUUGCCAUCCACUGUUCAUGAUGCUAUUUUUGCAUCUGAUCUACAAUAACUGGAUAUUUGGUUAGUGUCAAUGCAAAAAUUCAAAUGCCCACCAUUUAAGACAUGGAUUGAAUUUACUUUAGGUUAAACCAUAUUGCCUGUUCAGAGCGUACAGUAUCAGCGAAUGUGGAGCGCAAACACAGCUCUGUGCACAAUUGUUUGGUUUCAUUUUACACACUAUAAGUGCUACCACAUCCCAUACUGUCAUUUUAAUUUGACCACCUUUAUCAACACCAUUUAUGACCAUUGAUGGUUUUGUAGUUCUUUCUGUAAUUAGUCUUUGCAUUAAUUGUCGUUAGUAGUUGUUUGCUGUGGGAUUGUUGAGUUGAUGUUGGGUCAGUCACCACAUGGAUUUGACCUUAUAUAUCUGUAGCCUUUAUAUAAUGCCCCAAACAAACGGAUGGCACAAAUCUGCACUCAGCUUGUUGUACACUUCAGAAUUCUCAAGCCUUUGUGUAUCAUAAGUUUAAAGGAAUUGUUCACCCAAAAAAGAAAAUUGUCAUCAUAUGGUUUCAAACCCACACUGUAAAGAAAUGUCCCGUUGUUUUUACAAUCAAACAAACCAAAAAUAUAGAAUAAUUAUGGAAAUAAAUAUGGUAAAAAUGUAAACGACUUUACAGAACAACCUGUAAAUAUUACAGUUUAAAACUUGUUUUUUUGGUAACCACGUUUCAGGGUUUACGGGAUGUAAUUUGAUGCCAGUAUAUUUUACGGUGCAGUUCCAUCGUUUAUAUUAUUAAAUGAUAAACUUAAUAUAUAAACCUUCUGAAACUGUAAAAGUCUGCUUUUCACUUUAUAAUGUAUUGUUAAUCACCGUAGUAAUUACAGAAGGGCACAUGUUGGCAUGAGGUUCAUCAAUAGUGGCCCUUCCAGGAGAAAUGACCAAUAAACAUGUAAAGACAGUGCUCAGUGUCACUCACAAACACUUAACACCAACAGGGUAACACAUGUGAAAUUAAAAUUAUGCAAUAAACAUUAAAUAAAGUAAUCAAAUAUAACACAGAACGCACCAAAGUACAUAACUGAUAUUAAAAAUAAGAAGAAACAUAACUAUUCCCAUAAAAUAUAAUUAAAUGUAAUGGGUCAUGCAGGGAUUCUGGGAAUGCCCGAUUAUUGUUUUUUACCGUAAAUUUUAACAAUAAUUUACCGUAAAAAGUACAUGUACUCUCUUGUUAAACAUAAUAUAAAUUUUUACCUUUAUAUGGGAAAAUCAUACAUUUUACAUAAUUUAUUUUAUUUUUUUUUACAACAUUUUACUUUAAAACUACAUGUCUUUUUAAAUAUAUAUUAAAACAUUACAUAUAUUUUAAGGUAACUACUUGUUAACCAAUUUACGUAUUUUUACUGUAGCAUUUUUACAGUCUUUUACCAUUAAAAUGAUGGACAUUUUUUUACAUCGCAUGUGACUUUCUUUUAGUGGAAUGCAUAAAAAGUUUGGCAGAAUGUUAGAGAUUGACAGCCUCAGUCACCAAUCACUUUUAUUGCACCCUCCCCCCCCCCCCCCCCCC